AUGUCCGAUUUGCAACUGGAAAUUCUUCAGAAACUUGACCAACUGGGCGAGAUCCAAUCUACGCUUGAGGUCUUCCCUAACAUAAACCCUCAAGUGGUGCUGUCGUCGUUGAACUCAUUGAAGGCACAUGGGAAGCUAGAGUACACCAAGCAGGACAAAACCUACUAUACGUUGAGCAAGGAGGGUGAGGAGAUUAUGGGGAAGGGUUCGCAUGAGAUCAGACUACUUCAGUUGGUUGACAAGUUCACCAAGCUCCAAAUCAAGGAUGUGGCUACCCACAUGGGAGCCGACGGAAAGGUGGGUCAGGCGCGUGCGUUCAAGAACGGGUGGAUCUCGAAAAACAAGGACAACGAGCUGACUGUCAGCGACAAAAUUUCGUCGGUUAACGACGUGCAGGACGAAACCAAAGAUAUUCUGGUUCAGAUCAAAAACGGUAACUACGAGGGCGUGAAUGACAAGACCCUAAACGACCUCAAGAAGCGUAAGCUGGUAGCGGCCAAGAAGGAGAUCAGCUUCCACGUGACCAAGGGAGCAGACUUCUCCACAGAACUCACAAAGUUGGAAACGGACCUCACCGCCGACAUGGUUGCCUCAGGAACUUACAAGGACCUGAAAUUCAAGCCCUACAACUUCAACUCUGAAGGUAUCUUGCCUGAAUCUGGUGCCUUGCACCCUCUUAACAAGGUCAGGGAGGAGUUCAGACAGAUCUUUUUCUCGAUGGGCUUCACUGAAAUGCCUGCCAACCAAUACGUUGACACAGGUUUCUGGAACUUCGACGCUCUAUAUGUGCCUCAGAAGCACCCUGCUCGUGACCUGCAGGACACUUUCUACCUGAAAGACCCUAUAAAGAGUGACCUGCCAGAGGACAAGGCAUAUUUGGAGAACAUCAAAGCGGUGCAUGAGCAAGGUAAGUUUGAGUCCAUCGGUUACCGUUACGACUGGAAGCCAGAAGAGUCUCAAAAGCUUGUCUUGAGGACUCACUCCACUGCUACGUCUGCGUACAUGCUGAAGAAGCUGGCUGAAGACCCCAAGCCUACUAGACUUUUCUCGAUUGACAGAGUCUUCCGUAACGAAGCCGUGGACGCCACUCACUUGGCUGAAUUCCACCAAGUCGAGGGUGUCUUGGCUGACUACAACAUCACGCUGGGUGACUUGAUCCAGUUUAUGGAAGGUUUCUUCGAAAAGAUGGGUGUCACUGGUCUGCGCUUCAAGCCAACCUACAACCCAUACACCGAGCCUUCUAUGGAAAUCUUCUCAUGGCACGAGGGCCUAGGUAAGUGGGUCGAAAUCGGAAAUUCUGGUAUGUUCAGGCCUGAGAUGUUGGAGUCCAUGGGUCUUCCUCCUAACAUGAGAGUGUUAGGUUGGGGCCUAUCGCUGGAAAGACCAACCAUGAUCAAGUAUGGCGUGCAAAACAUCAGAGAAUUGCUGGGCCACAAGGUUUCGCUCGACUUCAUCGAGACUAACCCAGCCGCGAGAUUGGACGAGGACCUCUACGAAUGA